GUGAGCAGCAUGGGGGGUGGGGGGUGGGGGGACCCUGCCCUCCCCCGGCCCCUCCAGCCCCCAGGGUAGGAACUUACUUUUCUCUGGAAGCCGGUGAUCACGAUUUGAGCUCCGCGGGCUUCAUUUCAUGGCAGCCAAGGCCGGCAAGGCAGAAAUGGAGCCGGAAUCCUUGUACAACCUGCUGCGGCUCCCGAAGGCGGUGGGCCGGCCGGCGGAGGAGGAGCUCCCACAAGGAGAAAAGAAGAAGUACCUGCCACCCACCUCGCGGGGGGACCCCAAAUUUGAAGAGCUGCAGAAGGUGCUGAUGGAGUGGAUCAAUGCCAAGCUCCUCCCGGAGCACAUCGUGGUCCGCAGCCUGGAGGAGGACAUAUUCGAUGGGCUCAUCUUGCACCACCUUUUCCAGAUGCUGACCGGGCUCCGGCUGGACGUGGAGGAGAUGGCUCUCACGGUCCCCAACCAGAGGCGCAAGCUGGAGGCCGUCCUGGAGGCAGUCAACCGCAGCCUGCAGGCAGAAGAUCAGCCGCUCAAGUGGAGCGUGGACGCCAUCUUCAACAAGGACCUGCUGGCCACCUUGCAUCUCCUCGUGGCCCUGGCCAAGCGCUUCGAGCCCGACCUGCCCCUCCCGACCAACGUCCAGGUGGAGGUGAUCACCAUGGAGAGCACCAAAAGUGGUCUGAAGUCGGAGAAGGCGAUGGAACAGCUCACUGAAUGCAGCACAGACAAGGACCCAGCUACCAAGGACGUCUUUGAUGAAUUAUUUAAACUGGCUCCGGAGAAAGUGAACGCUGUGAAAGAGGCCAUUGUGAACUUUGUCAACCAGAAGCUGGAUCGCCUGGGCCUGUCUGUGCAGAAUCUGGACACCCAGUUUGCAGACGGGGUCCUCUUACUCUUGCUGAUUGGACAACUGGAAGGCUUCUUCCUGCACUUGAAGGAGUUCUACCUCACUCCCACCUCUUCUGCAGAAAUGCUGCACAAUGUCACCCUGGCCCUGGAGCUGCUCAAGGACGAAGGCCUGCUCAGCUACCCCAUCAACCCCGAAGACAUCGUGAACAAGGACACCAAGAGCACGUUGCGUGUCCUCUACAGCCUGUUUCGCAAGCACAAGCUGAAAGAAACCGCAGACGGCACGCCCCAUGGAUCCCCGAAUUAACUGUCACUGCCCCCCCAAAGCUGCUUCUCUGAGCCUGCUUGCAGGACCCAAGGGAGGGCCCAAGGGCCACAGAGGGAUCUCCCCCACCAUACAGCCGGCUGCCCUCUGUUUCCCUGUGUGUCUGUGGCACGCCUGCCCCUUCCCCCCAUCCCUGAUCCGUGUUUCCAUCCGAAUAUCUUUGAAUUCACUAGGCCUGGAUCUGUUUUGAACCAA